AUUUCGAGUACUACAAUUGUCAUUCUCCAUCAUUCACAACGCCGUUCGUUCUUCAACAACUAAAAGAUAUUGUUUAUUUCAUUCACUUUUACUUUUGCAAUUAACUACGAUCGGAAUUCAUCUGUAGAAUCUCUAUCAUCAACGUGAAAUAAUGGACCGCUUGUUACGGUUAGGAGGUGGUAUGCCAGGUCUCAAUCAAGGACCUCCGCCUUCGGAUGCCCCUGUAGUUGAUACUGCUGAGCAGGUAUACAUAUCAUCUUUGGCAUUGUUGAAGAUGUUGAAACAUGGCAGGGCCGGUGUACCAAUGGAAGUUAUGGGGCUGAUGCUAGGUGAAUUUGUCGAUGAUUAUACAGUGCGUGUGAUUGAUGUGUUUGCCAUGCCACAGACUGGAACAGGUGUCAGUGUUGAGGCAGUGGAUCCAGUAUUCCAAGCAAAGAUGUUGGACAUGUUAAAACAGACUGGGCGACCUGAAAUGGUGGUGGGAUGGUACCAUUCUCAUCCUGGUUUUGGCUGCUGGCUCUCUGGAGUUGAUAUUAACACUCAACAAUCUUUUGAAGCCCUCAGCGAACGUGCAGUUGCCGUUGUCAUUGACCCUAUUCAGUCUGUAAAAGGCAAGGUGGUAAUCGACGCAUUUAGAUUAAUCAACCCCAACAUGAUGGUUUUAGGUCAAGAACCUCGUCAGACGACAUCUAACCUGGGUCACUUGCAAAAACCAUCCGUACAGGCCUUGAUUCAUGGACUAAACCGUCACUACUACAGCAUUAGCAUUAAUUAUCGCAAAAAUGAAUUAGAGCAAAAGAUGUUGCUCAAUUUGCACAAAAAGUCGUGGAUGGAUGGUCUUACAUUGGCUGAAUAUUCGGAGCAUGGAAAACUCAAUGAAAGCAUUGUGUCUGAUAUGUUGGAGUUAGCUAAAAAUUACAAUAAGGCAUUAGAAGAUGAGGAGAAGAUGACGCCAGAGCAGCUGGCGAUAAAGAAUGUGGGAAAGCAAGAUCCUAAGCGACAUCUGGAAGAAAAAGUUGACAUACUCAUGACAACAAACAUUGUGCAAUGCCUCGGUGCUAUGCUGGAUACUGUGGUUUUUAAGUGAUGUUUCAUUCUAUAAUUUGCUUUCGAAAAUCGAAAUUAAAAACUUUUUCAAACAAA